GACAGUGGAUUAGUGAACCCAACCUCAAAAAAUUUCUCUAGUGAAUGUAAAUAAAGUUUUCUAAAUAUUUUUUAUUGAAAGUAGAGUCCCUUCAUACGAUUUUUAAAAAGUUUCUCAAGCGGAAAUUUAAAGAUUUGUUGCCAAAAUUUAAUAAUACUAACUUUAUAAUCACGAGCGAAACACUUGUUGACAUUUACAAUAUGCGAUUCACAAGACUUUGUUUAAAAGCAAAAUCUAUUUCUUGAUUUUCUUACGAGAAACUUUAUAAAUUACAUUAAAAAUAUUAAACUAAAUUUCAAUGACCUCAUAUUAGUUAUUGGUAUUUAGACUGAGUUGUUUUAAAUAAAUUGCAGACAAUGUGCUACGUCACAGGAUAAAAUUAUUGAGUCAAAAACAAUUGUAAAACUUAAGAAAGUACAACGAAACCUUUAAAAACUAACUUCAUAUUUUGAUAAAGCCCUAAAAUGGAUUAUGAAGAGAUUCAAAUUAAGGAAGAGCCAGAUUUCUUUGAAUCUGACGUUAUAAAAAUUGAGUAUGAUAUUACAGAACUGGAAGAUCCUUUGGCAAUCAAAGAGAAUGAAUAUGAAAAAAUCAAAGAAAAAAUUAAGUCGGAAGAUUUAGAGAAAAAUGUCAAAUUAGAAGUUAUAGAAAUUUCUGCAAACCACAAGGUAUUAAACGGUGGGGGCAUUUAUAAAUGCUCUGGCUGCAGAAAAAGUUUCCUGACGCGCUAUGAACUGUCUGAACAUUCAUUCAUACAUGUUGAGACUCUAACCUGCUCCUACUGCUGGAAAACAUUCUACCAUCGGCGUACUUUAAAAAGUCAUCUAAAGUACCAUUUGUACCUUCAAAGAAAACACGAAUGCAAAAUCUGCAACAAGAAAUUCAAAAACCAAAAUAAUUUUGAUGAACAUGUGACAAAGUUUCAUGAACAGAAAUAUUAUGUGGAGGGUCAAAUUCCUACUUACAUCAAACCAUCUGGCAUAAAAUGUUCCUAUUGCGAAAGGGAAUUCUUUAAUACGAAUACUUUCGAGAGACAUAUGUAUCAAGAUCAUCGUGGUCUUCCACCAGAUGCACAUAAUGGGCCUUUCUCAUGUACCGUCUGUCAACAAACUUUUGAGAAUCUAGAUGAACUGAAAAAACAUAUAAAAGUACAUUCAGUAAAGGAGAAAUAUCAAUGUGGAAUUUGCAAUCAGAUAGUACGGACUAAGAAGGAUAUUCGUUGCCAUCUAGAAAUAUCUCACAAACAAAUUGGAAUUCCUAUAGCAUUCCCGUACGUAUUGAAAAUGAUUACAUGUCCUAUUACUGGUAAAACAGCUCCUGAGAAACUUACCGCUUCAGCUACAAGUAAAACCCAUUGUCCUUACUGUUUAAAAGUAUAUGCUAGGACUAGUACUCUUGAGAAGCAUUUGUCUCAAGAACAUCUGGGUCUACCUUUUGACGUAAUUAAUGGACCAUUCUAUUGUACAAUCUGUGCAGAACCUUUCGAACUUAUAAAUGAUCUUAAGAAACACGUAAAGAUCCAUUCAGUAGUAGAACGUUUUCAAUGCGGAUUUUGUGAACGAAUGGUAUACAAAGAAUCACAAAUACGUCGUCAUGUAGCUAAAAAACAUCCAAAACAUAUGAUGCCUCCAGGAUUUCCUGAAAUUUGGAAAAUCACAAAACGUAAAGAAUAUAAGUGUCCAAUGCCUUUCAAUUGCCAUAUUUGCAAUAGGCAAUUUGCUAGAAAGGACUAUCUUGAGGGACACAUAGAAGCACAUAAUUUGGGAAUUUUAAAGUAUAAAUGCAAAAUAUGUGGCAUGACUUUUUUGAGGUUUGAUACUUUCGCACGAAAACAUGUGACAAAUCAUAUAUUAUUCAGACUAUCAAGGAAUUUAUUGAUCGAACUGCCGGGAGAAAUGAAAGAUAUGAAAUUUGAUAAAAAAAUGUUGGAUUCACCGAGGUUCACAAUGAGUUUUUUGGAAGAAAAUACGGAAGAUUUGGGAAAACAAAAAGAAUUAAAAAAAUCCGUCAAUUCAUUGUAUCACUUGCUUAAGAAAGCACAGGAUGCAAAGAAUGUUAUUAGGAAGAGGGAUCCACCAAAAAGUACCAUCGUUAGUGUUAAAACCGAAAUUAAAGUCGAAGCUCCUGAAGACACUAAAAUGGAUUUUGAAGAGAUCCAAAUUAAGGAGGAGCCAGGUUUAUUAGAUUCUGUUUUUGUAAAAACUGAGUAUGAGCUCACAGAACAAGAAGAUCCCCUUCCUUUCAAUCAGAAUGAAAACAAGAAGAUUUCGUCUCCUCCAAAGCGCAAAGGAAGGCCAAAGAAGGUUGUAGUAGAAGAACCAAUGAAAUGCCCAUAUUGCGAAAAGGCAAUUUUCAAGGCUCGUACUCUUGAGAAUCACAUGUCUACGGAUCAUUAUGGACUUCCAUUUGAUAAUAUAACUCAAGCAAGUACAGAUUCACCGAGUAGUACAAGUUUGUUGGAUCAAAAACCUGUACUCCAAAACAAAAAACCAAUCGAAGAUCACGAAUCACCAAAUGAAUUGAAGGAGUCAUCUGUGAAUUCGGUGUUCCAACUCCUGAAGAAAGCGGAUGAUUCGAAAACAGAUACGAAUCCCACCGAAUCAUCAAGUAGCACAGUGAAUCUGUUGGAAAAGAAAGCAAAUGCAAAUGUGUUAGAAAUGGAUAUCACAGAAUGUAAUGUAACAGACAUGAUAUUCAAGGAAGAAGUCAUAGAUGAUUUACAUUCCUCCUUCAUAAUGGAGGGGUACCAUGACCAAACGCAAGGCGAGGAUCUGAAACAAAAAGACAUAAAGCAGGAAGAAGACCCCUUAAGUGAAGUUCAGCAAACCUCAUAUGAUUAUGAAAUUCAAGAGAAUCCAAAUGAAUUGGUUCAGUUUGAAAUCUUCGAGUUUACUACAGGUACGCAGAAAAGUAAAGGAAAAUCUAAGAAACAAGCAAAGGUUCCUAUGGAACCAACAAGUAGUGCCUAUAUGAACCUAAAUGAGUCCGAAAGUCAAAAGAUGAAAAAGAAGAAAGGAGAGUCCAUAUACGAUGACGAUGAAGAGAUUUUUGAAGAUCUAGAAGAUCCGCAAAAGCUGGAAAAGAUACUUUCCUUCCAAUUGCAUUACGAAUGCGUUAAUUGCAAAGAAACAUUUCGCACAGUCCAAGAAAUACAGGAGCAUAUUGUUAAUAUUCACAAAGAUUUUCAGAUAGUUGCAUCUGAAGUUUCUCCAUGUGAAUACCGAAAUGUCUACGUGUGCAAUAUCUGUUAUAAGAGCAUCAAAAGUCAGGAUAAGAUAAAGAAACAUCUUAAACAGCACAUGAAAAAUCUUCAUAAAUUUAAAUGUGAAUACUGUUGCAAGGGUUUUCCGACUAAGGAUAUGAUUGCUGAACAUCUUAAAAAAUUUCACUUUAUGAAAAAGACCUACGUGUGCAAAUUUUGCAAUAAGAAAUUUGCUGUCUUGGCUGUUCUUCAACAUCAUGUGUCAAAACAUGAAAUCAGGGACUUAAAAUGUUUUUACUGCGAAAAGGUAUUCAAGAAGAUAGAAAAAUUUCAGGAUCAUGUUACAAAGGAUCACUGUGGUCUUCCAUUUGAUCCAAUGAAUGAUCCCCUUUGUUGUACAGUUUGCGAGGAUAAUUUCGAAAAUUUAGAUGAUCUUAGACAACACGUGAGGAUACAUUUGGUCAAGGAAAGCUACCAAUGUCCAAUUUGUAAAAUGAUUUACAGUACCGCAUCUGAAAUAUCUAUUCACUAUUCUUACUAUCAUGAACAUGUGCAACGACCUAGUGAUUUUCCCAAUAGCUUGAAGAUCUUCACAUGUCGCUAUACUGGCAAACCUGUUGCGGGGCCAAAGAAGACGUCAUUUGUAAAGAGUGAAAAGAAUAGUGUAGAGGCGGUAGCGGUAACGCAGCAGUCUAACGUAGGACAUUCCGCGGGUGACGCAGAUAGUGUCGAAAAUUUGUACGAUAUGCUAAAGACAGCUAAGGACGGAGAAACUCAGAUCAAUCUGCUACGGAGGAGCUACAAAUGCCCUGUUUGCCCACGAAUGCUCAAAACAAAAUCUCAAAUGGUCGAUCAUAUGGCUAAGCUUCAUACGGACCAUAAAUCUUUCUUCUGUGAUCAUUGCACAAAAGUUUUUACAAGCAAGAAAGGUUUGCAAUCUCACAUGUCAUACCAUGUCACUCCGAAGUUCGUUAAAUGUGGAAUUUGCCAAAAGGUAAUGAGAGAUACAUUCAAUUUGAAAAGCCACAUGGAAAGACACUAUAAUGAAGCUUGUAAAAAUUGCGAUAAUUGCAAGAAUGAUCUACCCUGUGAGAAUUUUGUUGUUUGGGCUUUGAACGGAUAUAACCAGGGAACUAAACGUUACGUAUGCACCAUUUGCAAUAAGACGUAUAUCAUAAAAGAAAAUUUCAGAAUGCAUUGUUUAAAUCACCUUUCAUUACUGCAACAUCGACCUGGUAAUUUUACAUGUGAGCAUUGCCACAAGGUUUUCAAAUCAGUAACUACUCUUUCUACCCAUAUUGCACUACACUUUCCACAUACUGCAAAAUGUUUAUAUUGUCCCAAAACAUACUCUAAAGAGUCCAGUUUGGAAAAUCAUGUUAGGGAUGAUCAUGCAGGUCUUCCAUUCAUAUUGUUACCAGAUGCCCCAUUCAAGUGCACAAUCUGCCAUAAAAUUUACGAAACUUUGGAUGACUUAAAAAGCCAUGUUAAGGUCCAUUCUGUGAAGGCGAUUUGGGAAUGUGGUUUUUGUGGUCACGCAUAUUGUACAGAGAGGGGACUACGCGACCACGUUAGGAACAACCACAAAGGAAAAAUGAAACCCAGUGGAUUUCCUAAUGUAUGGAAAAGGGUAAUUCCAUUCACUGAAAAAAUCUUUUCUAUGAACGAAACUGGAGGAUCGAUCAAAACGUUCAAAUGCACAAAUUGCCCUUUAAAUUUCAAAACGCAGAAUGAUCUGAUCCUCCACGAAAAAAAUCACUUAUUACACAAGAAUGUAAAACGAUUCCCAUGCACAUAUUGUGGAUUAAUAUUCUCGAGUCAAGAGAUCAAAAUGAACCAUGAGAAAAAGCAUAUGGAUCAACAUGAGAGAGAAGCAGUCGAUAGAAUGUUUCUUUUGCUGAAAAAAGCAGUAACUUCAAAGGCAGUAGUCAAGGGCAGGGAUUCAUCAAAAUGAUAAUAAUUUAAAAUAAUAUUUGGAUUUGAAGGCUGUACUUGAUAGAUAGAUAAUAAAAUUGAGACUACGU